AUGGGAAUUUGGAGUCCGUUGAUGCCCAAGAACGAUGGAUUGAUAAUAGCGAAAGUUGCAGGUCUACCGUGUGAGUUCCUUAUCGACUCUGGAGCUCAGGUAAAUACAUUGACUGAGAAUCGAUUCAACCUACUUUGGAGCAACGAGGUGUACCAAAAAGGGGUGUUCAACCUGCAGCACAGUACUGACAAGACUUUGAAGGCUUACGCAUCAACUGGAGAAAUACCAGUUGUGUCUACGUUUGAAGCAUUCCUGCACGUUUCCGAUGAUAGGCCUGUCCUACUUGAAAAGUUUUACGUCGUUAAAGAAUUCCGCUCCCUUCUAGGUAGAGCUACCGCGACUCGUUACAGUAUCUUGUUACUUGGUCUGAAAGUACCAUUGAUCAAUGAGAACCUUCCGUUGCAAUCAUGGUGUGAAACUGGUGAUAACGAAAUUGCCACAGUUCAGACGGAUGCAAUGUUUCCAAGAUUCAACGUUCCUCCCGUAGAAAUACCUUACGACAAAACUAGACCACCUUGUCGGAAUGUCUUUAUGAACAUCCCAAUAGCGGUAAAGCCCAUUGUUGAAAAACGGCUAGAUCAGCUUCUUGCAGCAAACAUAAUAGAGCGCGUAACUGAUGGUAUGGAUACAUCCUUCUGUUCAUCGAUGCUAGCUAUCCCGAAAGGAAGGGAUGAUAUAAGGUUAGUGAUCGAUUUGAGAGGCCCGAACAGAUAUAUUCAGAGAUCACCGUUUACCAUGCCUACUCUGGAAAAAAUUCUUGUUGAUUUGGACGGCGCUCAAUGGUUUUCGACGAUAGAUUUGACUAAUGCGUUUUACCAUAUCGAACUCGCUGAGAACAGCCGUCAUCUGACGAACUUUUGUACGGAGUUCGGAAUGUUUCGGUACGUUAGACUGCCUUUUGGAUUGUGUAACGCACCGGACAUAUUCCAGGAAGUCCUACAAAGAAAGAUUCUUGGAGGCUGCAAAGGAACAAAGAAUUAUUUGGAUGAUGUUUUGAUCCACGGCAAGACUCAGGAAGAACAUGAUGAAAACCUGAAGGCAGUCCUAGAUCGUUUCCAAGAACAUAAUGUUAGAAUCAAUACUAACAAGUGUACUUUCCGUAGCCAAUCCGUCAAGUUCCUGGGAUUCUUGCUGACGUCAAAAGGUUGGCAAAUAGAGGACGAAAAAUUGAGCGCUAUUCGGGACUUCCGCCAGCCGGAAACAAUUCCAGAAGUUAAAAGUUUCUUAGGCUUGGUUACAUUUGUAGACAAAUUUGUUCUACACCGGGCUACCAGGACCGAAAAAUUACGCGCACUUGCUAAAUCCAGUUGUUUUUAUUGGACAGACGAAGAGAAUGUAGAGUUCUUGGCUUUCAAAGAAGAGGCACUGGACGUGAUUCGAACGCUCGGAUAUUUCAAUAUUUUGGAUAGAACAGAAUUAUUCGUCGAUGCGUCUGCAAUCGGACUCGGAGCGGUCUUGGUGCAAUUCAACAAUAAUGAUGUGCCAAGAAUUAUUGCAUGUGCCUCAAAAGCAUUAACGAAAACCGAACAACGUUAUCCGCAAACGCAUAGAGAGGCACUGGCUGUAGUAUGGGGAAUAGAAAGGUUUGCGUUCUAUUUAACUAGCCGGACGUUUACAGUCAGGACGGAUGCUGAAGCAAACCAAUUCAUAUUUGGAGGAAACAAUCGAAUUGGUAAACGAGCAAUUUCGAGAGCGGAGGCUUGGGCUCUUCGCCUACAGCCAUUCGACUUCACCAUCAAGCGAGUACCAGGUAACGAGAACGUAGCUGAUGUGCUAUCGCGUUUAAUAAAGUUCUCACAAGUUGCGGAGCCAUUUGAAGAUGACGGGGAAGAGGGUCAUAUGCUGUUUGCAUUGGAUACAGGAAUCAUGGACAUUUCGCUCGGAGAGAUCGAAGCUUGUGCUGAAGCAGACGAUGAGUUAGUGGAAUUGCGAAAGGCCUUGGAAUGUGAUAGCUGGCCCCAGGAGCUACGGAAGUAUGAAGCUCAGAAAAAGAAUCUGUACCAUCUCGGGUCUCUGAUUUGCAAGGAUGACAAAAUAAUUCUUCCUAGGUCUUUGCGUCUUAAAACAAUGUCGUCGGCACACGGUGGACAUAUCGGCGAGGUUGCCAUGAAGAGAAUCAUGCGGGAGUUCUUCUGGUGGCCUCGUAUGGCUUCUGAUACGGAGAAAUUCGUUAAGGACUGUGAAACUUGCCGUAUGCUGUCAAGAAAAAAUCCUCCUUUGCCCCUUUCAUCCCGUGAAUUGCCUGAAGGCCCUUGGGAGAUUAUACAAAUCGAUUUUCUCUCAAUUCCGGGCUUCGGGUCAGGUGAAUUUUUGACCAUAGUGGAUACCUACUCCCGUUACCUGACAGUUAUUGAAAUGAAACGUACAAAUGCAGAAGCGACCAACGCUGCUCUUUGUGACGUUUUCAAGCGCUGGGGAUGCCCACGUAUCCUGCAGAGCGAUAAUGGUCCACCGUUCGGCAGCCAUAACUUCUGCUCUUUCUGGGAAAACAAAGGAGUUAAAGUGCGAAAAGCUAUACCGUUAAGCCCGCAAUCAAACGGCUUAGUGGAACGUCAGAACCAAUCUAUAAUCAAGGCUGUAAGUGCAGCCAACGUAGAGGCCAGUAACUGGCGUUCUAGUUUAGAGCGAUUUGUGCACAACCACAACACAUUGGUUCCCCACACAAGGCUCAAUACCACCCCAUUCGAACUCAUGGUGGGCUGGAAAUUCCGGGGCACAUUCCCAAGCCUUUGGACUGACUUCAACACUAAUGAUUUGGACAGAAUAAAUGUUCGAGAACGAGAUGCUGAAGCAAAACUCAACAGCAAGUAUUAUGCUGACGAGACAAGGGGUGCGAAAACCAGUAAUAUUAGGGUAGGUGACGUUGUGCUACUGAGCCAAGUAAAGAGGUGUAAGACUGACCCGACAUUUUCUCGUGAGCGUUACACCGUCGUUGCGCGGCAUGGGGCCAAGGUAGUAAUUAUGAGUAGUAAUGGAGUGCAAUACGCUAGGAACGUACAAGACGUGAAACUGAUACCUUUCCCAAUGGAAACUCAUACAGACCCAGCAGUAGAAGAAAUACACCCAAAUGUAACCCUCGACGAUCCUCCAGGCACUUCACGGAUUGUCCGUUGUGUACCGGAGGAGAAUUCAGUAGCAGUAACAAAUGAAGAAGAUGAUUCACGAAGCAAUAUAAAACCAACUCUUCGUCGACGUGAGGGAAUCAGAAAACCGUCUCGUUAUAAUGACAAUUUCGUUUAUAUUGUUUACGAGUGA